CCCGCCCCUCCGCGCGCAUGGCGGGUUGCCCGCGGCGGUUGGGCUCAUUGGUGUCCCGGGGGUUGUGGCGACGGGCGGUGUCGUGUUGGCCCCGCUGCCCGGGCCCCAUGGACGCCGCCGCCAGGCCGCCCCCGCGCUGCCCCACCGCAGCCCCCGCAGCCCCCGCCACCAACUACGACUUCCUGGUGAUCGGCGGCGGCUCGGGAGGACUGGCCAGCGCCCGCCGCGCCGCCGAGCUGGGCGCCAGGGCCGCCGUGGUGGAGAGCCGCAAGCUGGGGGGCACCUGCGUGAAUGUUGGCUGUGUGCCCAAAAAGGUGAUGUGGAACACGGCCGUCCACUCGGAAUUCAUGCACGACCAGGUGGACUACGGCUUUCAAAGUUGCGAUCCGAAAUUCAAUUGGCGAGUGAUUAAAGAAAAGCGGGACGCCUACGUGAGCCGACUGAAUUCCAUCUAUCAAAACAACCUCAACAAGUCUCACAUAGAAAUCAUUCGAGGCCACGCGACGUUCACCAGUGACCCGGAGCCUACAGUCGAGGUGAACGGCAGGAAGUAUAGCGCACCUCACAUUCUCAUUGCCACGGGAGGCCUACCGUCGCUUCCCAGCGAACAGCAAAUCCCAGGUGCCAGUUUGGGAAUCACCAGCGAUGGAUUCUUUGAACUGGAAGAGUUGCCCAGGCGCAGUGUGAUCGUUGGGGCUGGAUACAUCGCCGUGGAGAUUGCCGGCAUCCUAUCGGCUCUGGGCUCCCAGACGUCCCUGAUCAUCCGCCAUGACAAGGUGCUGAGGAGUUUUGAUUCCAUCAUCAGUUCAAACUGCACCCAAGAGCUAGAGAAUGCUGGCAUCGAGGUGUUGAAGUAUUCUCAGGUCAGAGCAGUGCGGAAGUCCCCCGCUGGCCUGGAAUUGUCCGUGACUACCGUGGCCCCCGGGGGGAAUCCCAGCGUCCACACCAUCCAGGACGUGACAUGCCUGCUCUGGGCCAUCGGCCGGGACCCGAACACCCAGGGCCUGAACCUGGACCGUGUGGGCAUCAGGACAGAUGAUAGAGGUCACAUUCUCGUAGACGAGUUCCAGAACACGAACCGGAGGGGGGUCUACGCCGUCGGGGACGUGUGUGGGAGAGCCCUCCUCACGCCAGUUGCCAUAGCUGCCGGACGAAAACUAGCCCAUCGACUCUUUGAAGGCAAAGAAGAUUCCAAAAUGGACUACGACAACAUCCCGACCGUGGUCUUCAGCCACCCGCCCAUCGGGACUGUGGGGCUCACGGAAGAUGAAGCGGUUUCAAAAUAUGGAAGAGAAAAUGUCAAGAUCUAUUCGACCUCCUUUACUCCAAUGUACCACGCAGUUACCAGAAGGAAAACGAAAUGUGUGAUGAAACUGGUGUGUGCGUGUCGCCAGGAAAAGGUGGUGGGCAUACACAUGCAAGGCCUGGGGUGUGACGAGAUGCUGCAAGGCUUCGCUGUGGCUGUGAAAAUGGGAGCCACCAAGGCCGACUUCGACAACACGGUCGCCAUCCACCCCACCUCUUCGGAAGAGCUGGUGACCCUCCGCUGAAGGAACAGCCAGUUUUCCCGCUAUCACGAGGGACUCCAGUGUCAGGAGGCUGCUGGGCACCGGUUCCACGGACUCUUGCUUUUUGUCUAGGCAACACCAGAUGGUAUUUUAAGCACAGUCUUCUCUUUGGUUGGAAAAGAUUUCUAGAAAAUGAUGCAAUUUAUUUUUGUGGCUUCAAAA